CUUUACCCAGGGAGCGAUCAAAAAAAAGUUGCUUGCAUGCGGUGCUAUUGCAUUUUACAUAUACUAGGACGACAUUACUCCGAUUGGACGAAGACCAGCUGCGAGCGAUACUCUCGAGUGCCACUGUACACGCACAAUGUACUUCGCCACUCUUGCCUCUGCUGGCAACAUAUUUCAGCAGUUUAUAUGGGGAUGAGGUUUUCCGUGCACUCUGUCGGCCGCCGCCACAAAUUUAUGCCGCUGGAUCCAUUAAGGUGCCCAAAAUCAGCUGAAUGUAUUCGUGGUCUGCCUGUGAGAGGGCAUCCUGCCAUUAGCAGUCAAUCAUGUCCAAAAAUGAGUAAUGGUCUUGCCUGUCAUAUCCGAGAUUGUGCCCUCUUUCUGCAAUGUAUUGGCCCGAGUACGGUGUGUGAUGUCCUGCUUUGUUACUUCCCUUUCACUCUGCCUUUGGACCGGCCUGAUGAACAUUACAUUGCACAGAUACUAUCCAUAGAGUAUGGAGCUGUGGUGAUAGAACAUCUCGCUCAUCAGGUCACUCAAGUUUCCACUCGCGAGCGCAUGAAAAUGGUCAGAAAAGAUCAGAAAAUGCAGGCGGUACUCAAUAAACGCAACAUUGAUGUUCUCCGUCGGCGCGAAUGGCCAGUUGCAGUCUCGAAGGAUGUUGUGUUGGAUUGCUUACAUCGCUAUUAUGACGCUUCAAAGUGGAUUGAGCCCCCUGUUUGUGUGAUCUGCUCUCAAAGGCUGUGUGGUUCAAAAGUGGUUGUCAUUUCAGCUGAUGCUGAUGUACCUUUGUCGAUAUCUGUAGAAGUCCUCUGAUUGACCGACCCCUUUAUAAUCAGAUGGUGUAUUGUACAGUGCGUAUCUGCAUCAUUUACCUUUGAAAAUAA